AUGCGCGUCGUACUUCCGGCGGAUGUAGAGUCGGAUGUGUUCUCUGAACACGUGUUCCUGCGGCUGCGCGCGCGCACGAAUGCCCCAAGAGGUGGAUAUAGAGGCUUCAUCAGCGGUGGGCGUGGCCUGAUUCUAACGCAACCUCGCCGUGCAUCUAUCUCUUUCGCACUCUCACAGCUCCACAUAUAUCCGUCUCUCUCUCUAACGCGUAUACAUUCAUAG